CCGUGACGUCGCACGAAGAUAGACCAAUUAGAUCGGUGAAUGCAAACGACAGUUUAUGAUAUGGGCAGUUUUUUUUCAGCCUCUAGGCAGCCACCAUUUUGGGAGUCAAAAUACCCAACAAACAGCAGUGCACACCGCCACGCUUCUUUAGUGGCCUUACUAUGGUUCACACAUGUGUGGUGGCAGGCUGUAGGAACAGAAGGACACCAGGCACCACGUUAUCCUUCUACCGUUUCCCCCGGGACCCCGAGAGAAAGCAGCGCUGGAUAGCUGCUGUGAACCGAGAGGGCUGGGUGCCAAACGACGGCAGUCGGCUGUGUAGUACUCACUUCCUCUCAGGUAAACAGGUGAAGAAUCCACGUUCGCCAGAUUAUGUUCCUUCUGUGUUCACAUCAGAUCCCUUAUCCCCAGAGAUGAAGCAAGGGGCCUUGGAGAACCUGGACAAGCAGGAAGCACGUGUGGAGGCUGCUAAUGCCUUGUUGUUCCUGCAGGGCCAGGGAAGGUCUGUGGUGGGGGACUGGUGCCAGGAAGAGCAUCCUGGGGAGAGGGAAGGAAAGGCUGCUGUGGAGGAAAGUGCAUCUUCUUCCCUCAGCACUGAUGAAGACGAUGACGAUGAUCAAUCUAUGAGUGACAGCAAGAAAGGAAAGUUUGCGCGUACGUGUGACCCAGCAGGUAACUUUGACGAUGUACUGAAAGCCCUGAAAAAGGAGAACCAGACCCUCAGGGAGUCUGUGGACAAAAUGUCCCUCUCUGAGAACUCAUUGAGGAACGAUGCAGAGAAAGUAAAGUUUUACACUGGCCUUCCCAACUACUUUGUCCUGGAGACGGUCAUGUGGCUGCUGGCACCUCACAUGGACGGGAUGAAAACUGUGAAGCUCUCUAAGUUCCAACAGCUGCUGCUGACACUGAUGCGACUCCGCCUGGAUCUACGCAACCAGGACCUGGCUUACCGCUUUGGUGUUAAAGUUGGUACAGUAACCAGAACAGUGCACCAAAUGGUCAACAUCAUGUCCUCCACUCUGGUGCCGACAGCUGUUUUCUGGCCCUCUAGAGCCGAGCUCCGGAAAAACCUGCCGGCAGCUCUGCGCACAUCCCACCCUGACUGCGCUGUCAUCAUAGACUGUUUCAUAGUGCCUUUUGAGGAGCCAGUUUCCCGGGGCAACCAACAGCAGAGGGUGUUGCCAAGCUCUCAAGGGGUAGGGACAAGUUAUAAUGUGUUAAAGUAUCUGAUUGGUGUGGCUCCACAAGGCGUUGUCACCUUUGUCUCUAGGGGCGUGCUGGGAGACGUCAGUGACAAAAACCUGGCUGAGGGCUGUGGAUUUCUCUGCAAGCUUCUCCCAGGCGAUGUCGUAUUGGCGAGUCGCAGUCUCAACAUUGCGGAUUCUGUGGCUGCCCGAGGAGCCCUGUUUACAAUCGCUGGCAGCUACCAAGGGGAGAUGCACGGGAACUCGGAAGGCUCGCCACCGGCUAAUACGUCCUCCGAGACAGCAUGUGUGCAGAGGCAUGUGGAGAGGGUGCUCUCCAUGGUGAAGCAGAGGUACGCCAUGCUCACAGGCCCUGUCGAGAGCCCCUUCACCACGGUCUCUGAGCGCACGUCGAACCUUUCAACCUUUGAUAAGAUUGUGCAAGUUGCUUGUGCCUUAAACAACCUGUGCAUCUCUGCUGCUCCCCUAGAGUGAUUCACACAGAAAUGCCUAGUGCACCUUAAAAUUGUUGUCCGUAAGAUUUGAGUUACGUUGGGUCUACUAGCAGCUUGGCGCUAAGAUGUAAUUGCGGGCAGGCGUGGACUGUGUGUUGC